AUGGCCCCGAAGGAGAACUCCACCCCCGGCGCGGCCACUGUGCCCGUCAACAUUGACGAGCUGAGAAAGUCUAAGGAUGCGAUGCUUAUGCGAUUGAUGGACCUGCAAUCCUACGUCGCCGAACUCAGCAAAUCUUACCUCAAGCAUGCCGAAAAUGUCAUCAACGGCGGGCCCGCCACUAUCGACAUCCCGCCCAUGUUCGCCGGCGCCAGUAGCCUACCGCGCGCUGGCAGCCCCGGUGUCAAGUCGGAAGCCGGCGACGGGAAGCAGAAGCGCAAGCGCGUCGUGGACCCCAAUGCGCCGAAGCGGCCCUUGACCCCGUACUUCCUAUACAUGCAGCACCGACGAGGGGACAUCACCAAAGAACUGGGUCAGGGCUCGCGCCCCAAGGAUGUCGCCGAGGAGGGCACCAGACGCUGGCAGCAGAUGCCGGACAUGGAGAAGGAGACCUGGAAGAAGCUGUACGGGGAGAACCUGGACAAGUACAAAGUGGAAGUAGCGGCGUACAAGGCCAAGAAGGCCGUGGAUGACGACGAUCCCGCCGCGAACCAGCUGCUGAACGACUUCGCCAUUGCCGAGCACGAGUCCGAGGACAGUUCCUCUUCCGAGUCGGAAGACGAGUCUUCUUCGGAGGAGUCCCCUUCCCCCAAACCCAAGGAGAAGACGCCUCCUAAGAGCCAGUCCAAGCGCCGUCGCAGCGAGGCCAAGAAGGACGUCGAAACCCCCGCGCCUGCGAAGAAGGCAUCGCCGCAGAAGAAGGCCAAGAAGAGCGAGCCGCCCGCGUCGGCGAAGAAGGCGGACAAGCCCGCGGAGAGCAAGCCCAAGCGCAAGAAGCGCAAGAGCGAGGCGGACAAGGAGUAG